GACAUUUUCUUGAAAAGCAGCUAUUUAAAACUUAAAAAAACACAUUCUCUCUCCGUCUGUGAAAAUGGCUCACAAGUCACUGAAAUUUCUGGAGCUUUAUGGUUAUGAUUUGCUUUUGGGAUCGAUUGCUGCUUUUUACGUAUUCAUGGCACCAUACACAAAGGUUGAAGAAAGCUUCAAUGUUCAGGCAAUGCACGAUAUUUUGUAUCAUCGGCAUCACAUAGAAAAUUAUGAUCACUUGGAUUUCCCCGGAGUUGUUCCUCGCACAUUCAUUGGUGCCUUGCUUGUUUCAAUUUUGGCAUCUCCAAUCAUAUUAGCAAUCAAUGUGCUAAACUUUCCAAAGAUUUAUAGUCUUUUUGCAGUUCGUUUGGUGUUAGGUUGCAUCAUACUGUCUACAUUGAGAUUUUUCCGUCUUCAGAUUAGAAAGAAGUUUGGCCAUCAAGUUGAAGCUUUCUUUGUGAUAUUGGUUGCAUUUCAGUUUCACAUGCUGUUCUAUUGCACACGUCCUCUUCCUAAUAUUUUGGCAUUGGGUUUAGUCAAUUUGGCAUAUGGGUAUUGGUUCAAGGGGAGUUCUUACGCAGCAUUAAGAUGUCUGAUUUUUGCUACACUCAUCUUUAGGUGCGACAUGCUGUUACUUCUUUGUCCUCUGGGUCUAGAGCUUUUGCUGACCAAAUCGAUUUCAUUGUGGAAAGCAGUAAAAUGCUGCAUUGGAACUGCAUUGCUUUGCAUAGGUCUUACCAUGCUGGUUGAUACGGUUAUGUGGGGGAAGUUGUUGUGGCCCGAAUUUGAAGUUUUCUGGUUCAAUUCUGUUCUGAACCGGAGUUCCGAGUGGGGAACACAUUCCUUCCACUGGUACUUCACUUCAGCACUUCCCCGCUCAUUGCUUGCUGCAUAUCCUCUCUUUAUGCUUGGGGUUUUACUUGAUAGGAGGGUGGUGUUCUACAUUCUUCCAGUUGUCUCAUUUGUUUUACUUUACUCCAAGCUCCCACACAAGUUCUUAAUACGGCAGGAGCUCCGUUUCAUUAUUAGUUCUGUUCCAAUCUUCAACUUAGCUGCAGCAAUUGGAGCUAGCAGAGUCUACAACAAUAGGAAAAAGAGAUUCUGGAACUUGCUUUAUAUUGCUCUGCUGGGAUUGCUCAUUGCCAGUCUAGGGUGCACCGUUAUAAUGUUUAUGGCAUCAUAUGAGAACUAUCCUAGUGGUUAUGCACUGAAAGAUUUGCAUCGGAUGGGCUAUGCCACAAACAAUUCAAAUGAACAGUGGGUCCACAUAGACUCCUUCUCAGCGAUGAAUGGAAUUUCUCGCUUUUGUGAAAAUGAUUUCCCAUGGAGGUAUUCUAAAGAAGAAGACAUACGUCUAGAAGAAUUUUGCCAAAGGAAUUUCACCUAUCUUCUGAAUGAGUACGCCAACAUCAAUGGAUUCAAGUGUUUAUUUACUAUAAACGGGUUCUCCAGAGCUCGUUUUCACAAUGGCUUUCCACCCAUUUUGCUGGUCAGAGAGCCCAAAGUAUUUGUUCAUGGAAAUAUCGCAAACACGGAUGUUAUGCAGAGAAGUUGGCCAGGAUGCUCUUGAUUUAUUGAGGAAGGUUUAUAGUGUAAGAAAUUGAAAUGAUCAAUGAAUUAGUAUACAAAAGACCAAAAUUUCUCUAAAUUUGUGGAUUUGGCAGGUUCCGAUUAAGAAAUUCUGACUCUCCAAAGUGCAGCACAUCCUCCAAUGGAUAUUGCCCCUAAUUCUUAUGGAAACUAUAAUUUUGUGAGCAAAUUUCCCAUUUUGAGGUGUAAACAUCAGGGUCCAUCAUAUGUGAGACUGACAACCCUUUUGUGUUUCAUUGGUGUUAAAUUAUUGCAUGAAAACAUGUCAAGAACUUUGUAUAUUUGGGUUGGGGUUUUGGGGUGGGUUACAUUAAACUUGAAAUGUCUUUGACAUAUUGUAGCUGGAAGGUGUCUUGUCCCCAUAUAUCAAAGAUCUUUGUAAUUAUUAAGAUAACGUUCAUUUAGAAUUUUUUCUUUUUUUCUUUAUUUUCAUUUUUGUUUUGUGUUGUGUGUGAAUAAAGGGCAAAUUAUUUUUCUCCUUUCA